GUCGGUGGAGCAUGAAAGCACGCGCUGUACAAGAGGGGCUGACACGUCCUUCGCGAAGUCUCGUGCGGAUGGCUGAGGCGAAAAGACGCGCGUCAGGAAGGCGAAAGUCUGGCAUGAGCGCGCAAGGCGGAUCAAGCCGAUUGAAUGUGGAGGCCCCGCCCCGAUUGUCCGAGGCUGAUGACGUUGCUACGAGCCCCGGAAUCAGCAAAUAUCCUUCUAACGAAAAGCCCUCUUCCACGGAUCAGUCCCGAGCUACUGUCCUACCGGACACGCUGUGGCGGCCAACAAUCCUACCGGAUGCGGACUCACGGCUUACAAUACUGCCUGAAACGGUGGCCAGGGCUACAGUACUGCCAGAAACUGUGCCCCGCGGCGCAGCAGCACCAGCUGCGGGUGUAACUGAGUCGCUUUUCGGUCGCAUCGGAUCCCC